UCUAAAAAAUUAACUUCCGGUAUAUCUUGUUUACUGAGUUUCAUAAUGCGGUCUUCUAUUUACAUUUUUCUUUACCCCCAGGGACAUGAAAACUCAAGUUUUUGUUAAACAGUUUACCUACCGUAAAUUAUCGCAAGAAAUGAUAUGCAUAAACAUUACACCAUUUAGAAAAUGUAAAUACCUCAAAGAACUAACUAUUGACAGAUAAUUCAUCAUUACCAAAGAUAAUCAGUAAGAUACAUCAUUACUACGACUUAAUUUUUCAUACCUCCUUACAUUUGGUGUGUGGAAUGCUCACAAUUCAAUCCCUCCAUGACCGUGUUGCCCAGAUUUAUUACACUUAUGGUCUGUUCUGUGCCAGCCAUCCUCUAGCAACUAUUAUUUCUGUAAUUGUGUCAGUCUUCAUAACAUGCUAUCCCUUGAUCAAUUUACCACUACCUGGUAAUAGACCAAUAGAACACAGAACACCAAAAGCAGGUUUUGUACCUCUGCUUGGACUACAUUCACAAGAUGGAAUACACGAUGAACGAAAGCCAAGAUGGCUUGUGGGGGAGCCAGUUGCAUACAUUCAACAAAUUGUUGUUAAAUCUACUGUGUCACCAUGGCCACAGACCAUGAUAGCAAGUGAUGCUUUCCGUGCUCCACUGGCAUCUGUUUUCAAGAUUGUGUCAGAACUGGAAAAUUUCAAAUAUAUGGAUGGGAGCAAAGAAGUAUCCUUGGCAGACAACUGCUACAGAAUCUCUGAGCCUUUAAAGGCUCGUCAUCUUCAAGGAUUGUUACCAGACUAUUCUUGUUUAUUGAUAUCUCCUGCUAAUUUUUGGAACCAAGAUAUCACCAAGUAUAACAAAGACCCAGAUAUUCUUAAAACAAUGUACAGAAAAUUUGGUCAAGUUGUUGAGAGUCCACCUUCAACAAAAGAUCUUCUAUUUGGUUUACCCUGGUCUCAAACAGGCAUCACUAGAUACUAUGUACGCAAUAGACAGAGAAUUAUAAGCUACGCUGUAACAAUUGUCUUGAGGAAAUAUGAUGCUGGAUUCAUUUCAGCUUUGUCAAAAAUGUUAGAGGAGCACCAUCCUGACACACUUCACAAUGUGAACAAUUCAGCCAUUGAAGACAUUGUUCAUGUUCAUUUUAAAAAUGUGAACUAUAUCAUAGAGUACACACCAUUGCUAGUGACCUACUUAGUGCUACUCUUAUACUUGUACUUCUCUGUGUGUAAAAUUGACAUGGUGAAAUCUAAAAUUGGUUUAGCUAUUAGCGCUGUUGUGACAGUUCUUGCCUCCCUUUUGAUGUCUGUCAGUAUCUGCACACUGUUUGGUAUGACACCAACAUUAAAUGGAGGUGAGAUUUUCCCAUACCUGGCUGUGAUUGUUGGUGUGGAGAAUGUUUUGGUCAUCACAAAGUCUGUUGUGUCCACUCCUGUCCAUUUAGAUGUGAAGAUACGAGUGGCUCAAGGACUAAGUAAAGAAGGCUGGUCCAUUACAAAAAAUCUUGUUACAGAACUGGCUAUUGUCUUAGUUGGAUUUUUUACAUUUGUUCCCGCUAUUCAGGAGUUUUGUGCAUUUGCUUUAGUUGGUUUGCUGUCAGACUUUUACUUACAAAUGGCUUUCUUUGCCACAGUUUUAUCUGUUGAUAUUCGUAGAAUGGAGCUUUCAGAUCUUCACCGUCAAAGUGUCCAGCAGUCUGUACAAGACUACAGCAACAUGCCUUAUGUUAAUAUUCAACCUUUGGUACUGUGUCCAGUGGCCUCCAGACAGACUCAUGUACCUCCUAGGAGUCACUCUGUUCCGCCACCAGAUCCCAGCUCAGUGUUCCCCCCUGUUAGGCAGCAGGGCCACAUAACUCCACCACCAUCACCAAGUCUGCCCACUGCUAGCAAUGCCCACUACAGACCAGAGACAUCAUCUGACAGACCAAAGUAUGAAAUGCCAAGACGUGUCAAAUUUUUUUACUUUCUGGCCAGAUUUAGAAUUGUUCAGAAAUUAAUUAUGGUGUUUACAGUAAUCUGGAUUAUCCUGAUAUUCUAUAAAGCUGGUCUUGUUGUUCUUACUGGGGAUGAUACAAACACAACUUUUAGAACAUUUUUAUCCAGACACAACAGUGAUAUCAGAACUGGCAUGGAUCCUCUCAGGUCAGAUGAUGAAAUCCCUUACCUAAGCGGGAAAUUUCUGAAGGAUGAUGAAGAAGUAGGACCUGUGAUUCAUACAGACUUAGAAUUGUGGCGAAGACUCUCCACCAAGCAUUGGCCCUUAUUGUUUCAUUAUUAUAACAUUAGUCUUAGUGGACGAUACAUCAGUUUAUUACCAACUAUACAUUUGUCUGAAAUCAUUGACCCCAAAAAGGCAAUAAUGAUGAGACAUCCAUCUGAUGCAGAAUCUGUUUUACCACCAAUUUCCAUUCAGGAGACUAAUCCAGAGAAUGACUCCCAGGAAGGGGACCUAUAUCCACAGUUCAAACACUUUUAUCCCAAGUCUGAGAGAGAAUAUUUCUUCACUGUGUUGCUGUGCAUCUUGACUGUCAUCAUCAUCACUUACUUCAUGAUUUACCUUUACCGCUGCAUGUGCUCAAGGAACUACUCACGCUGGCGCCACUCCUGGAUCAGGUCAGCCAAUAGGAGAGCCAGGGUCUAUGUGAAACAAAUUAAAGAGUCAGUACCCCUAGUUCUCUCUGGACACUCACAGAAUAUUGAAUGCUUGCUUGGUGAUAAUGGAUUAAUCAUUAGCUGUUGUCUAGGGGGGCAACUCAAAAUAUGGGACUCAAACUCAGGAGAGUGUAUCAACACCAUCUCCAGGAAAAAUAAAGUUCCUUUAACUCGAAGAAGGCCAUGUGUGGGUCGUAAUAUUGAAGACAGUGAUGCAGAUCUAUAUGCGGAGUAUCAUGGGAGCAGAAGUUCUUCUGAAACAUCUUUAGCUGACAUAAGUGGCAGUGGUGGGGCAAGUGAUGGGGUCAGAAUUAGGAGAGGAAACUUUUCCUGGACUGAACCUGGCAGUGGGAGGCUAAAGAGGACAGGAAAUGCAAACAGAAUUAGUCACAAUAUUUUUCAAGACCUUCGACCUGACCUAAUUUCCACUGUCAAUACAGAGUUUUCCUCCCUUGAUCCCAAAAUGCAUCAGAGUUCUCGUAACGGAUAUGAUUUCAAACACUGGUUUGAAGGAUUAUAUGAGGAGCAUCGCAGAUAUUUAGAAGCAGAAGGUCAAGUUUCCAAUAUCAGAACUUCUAGUGCAAAUGAUGUAACAGCAUUAAUAACACCUCAUGAGCGACUUCGUAGCUGGAGCUAUGGUGAACAGUCUGCACUUGAUGUUUCCAACACAGAUGAAGAUAUUUACUGUGAACAACUUUCCCCUGUGUGGUGUCUGGCCAGCAUGCAUGGCCUGAUUGUACUAGGUUGUGGUAAUGGUCACAUUGAAGUAUGGGAGGCUGAGACUGGCGAGCUCAGAUUUCACAACAGCAUUCAUGAGUCUGGAGUUACUGGACUUUGUGUCAUCGCCAACAAAAUUGUGGCUGCCAGACUUGAUGGUACCUUAGACUUUUUAGAAAUGGAAACUUUUAGAAAUCCUGUCAUUCAACCAACACCACUACAAGCUCAGUGUCCCAGACAAAAUUCAGGUCAUUCUCGAAGUUACAGCAAUGGAAGUGCUGAUGGUAUUAAGAUGUGGGAUGAGGUGAUUCGUUGCGCUGGUGUGACGACUUGCAGAGCACAUCAACUACCCAUUAAUGUCAUUCAUUGUGCCGGAGGGAGGAUUGUCACAGCUAGUCAAGAUCAUACACUUAAAGUAUUUAGACUUGACAAUGCUCUCUGUCUGUACACACUCCAUGGCCAUGAAGCCAGUGUGACUGCCUUGUGCUUAGAUCAAGUAGCACCCUUUGCAGCAGUCAGCGGCUCUAUAGAUGGCACAGUGAGGAUGUGGGAUUUAUUAACAGGCACAUGCAUUCACAAGUUCUGUUGGCACAGUUCCUCUGUUGUGACCCUGACAAUGUCACAGCAGUACAUAGUUAGUCUUGGCUUUGACAACACCAUGUGUAUUUGGGACAGAUCAAAGUCCACAUUAUUGCAUUCUAUUAAAAUGAAUUCAGCUUCAGCUGGUAUUGGUUGUGCAGCACUUUUGUCUAGAAAUCUGAUAGUCACAGGAGGCCAGGGCAGUAUUUUCUUGUGGGACAUUCCUAGAGGUUCUUUAUUGAGGAGAGUGGAUUUUGUGGACAAUGAUCAGAAAGCUUUUGUCAACCAUCUUGUGACUGUGUCCAACAAUGGGGUAGUCUGUGAUCAAGGUCAAGAUCUCAAGGUUGUUUUUUUCCCAACAAUUCUAGAAAAAGCUGAAUGAGUAUGAACAUAAAAAGUGACCAUUUGAACUGAAGACUCUAUGGAAACUUGCCUGGACUGGUCUAGAUGUUUGAGCAUUAUUGACUGUGAACUUUUCCUGUGUUUAUUGUUAUACCUUUCAAUUUGAUUUAUGCUAGCACAAUGUGAUAUAAAACAAAACUUAAGUUGGAUAAAUUAUUCACACAUUCUAUAUGUUGUUUUUAUCAACCAAUGCAUGUUUGUUGAAUGCUAGGCUUUUGUUGAUGUUGUCAAAUCAUGAAUGCUAAUCUGUUCUUUCAAAAAUUACACAAAUGCAACAAAACAUGAUCUUAAAGUACUAAACUUUCCAGAAAAUCUUUGUCACUUCAGUUGUGCCUCACUGCUGUACAAUCUAACCUCUAAAAAUAUGUUGAUAAUUUAUUCUAGUCCAACUGUCUCUAGGAAACAUAACUUGCUUUUAUUAUCAUGUAUGUAUCUCUUGACUUCUGAACCAACUUGUUUUUUUAAGAGUGACAUUACAUACAUGGAAACUUUCUUCUAUAAAUCAACUAAAAAUUUUUUGUUCUUUUUAUUGCUUCUCAUUUCUUGACUUUUUUUAUUGAUCUUCAUAGACUUUUAAAUUUAUUUCAUUUGUGAUUUAUGAAUGAGUUCUUUUAAUCCUCAACAGAGAAUUACUUUUUUUUUUAAAUUUGGUUUAAUUAGUAUGUGAAAUGUAAGAGUUACCAGACUUUAAUUUAUCAUGAACUAUAUGUUGCUUAUGUAGAUAGAUAUUCAAAAUUAAAAUCCAAUGUAUUACACUGUCAUCAAUUAACAGAGCUAUGGAUUCCCUACAAUGCUAAAGGUGUAAGACAAUUGUGGCUGUUUUUUUUUUUAUGUACUAGUUUGCCUUCAUCACGCAGUUUUGUUUCCUUUCUGAACAUUAAAUUAUUUCCAUGACAUUACUAGUUUAAAAUUUUACAUUUACACUAAUUUUGGUUAUUUCAAUGAUUCAUUAAGAAAAAUAUAAGAAUAUAAAAAAAUCUAUUUUGAACCAACUCCACCGACUUGUUCAUACAAAAGCUCAGUGGGUGAUUCUAGUUUUAACAAAAUUGUUUUCCUGCCUCUUAGUUACAUUGCAGUAGUGUCCAAUCCUUCCUUUCUAGAACUCUACAUGUUUUGUCUAUGACUUGUGUUUCUACAUGCUUUACUGAUUGAAAACUACUGAAUCCAUUUUUUUAAUUAUUUGAUCUCAAAUGUUCAUGUAUGCUUUUUAUAAGGAACAAAGCUUUGAUGUGAUGUUUGCUAGAAAUGUGUAUACUUUGUUUAAGACAUUGAUUGAAUCUAAACAUUUCCUACAAGUAUGUAAAAUACAAUGUACAGUGGACUAUCUCUAAGGUAGAACUGUUGAUGUAUAGCUUGUUUGAUAUAUGUUUUUACAGAUUUUUAUAAGAUUUUAUAUUUGAGCAUUUGUACAAUAAACAAUAUGGAUUUGCUCCCUUUUUUCUGA